AUGGUCGACUCAAAAAGUGUUGAGGAUCUCCUGAAAAGACCUUUAUAUGUCUACGAUCUUCCAAAGGAGCUUCUCGAAACUCUAACUGUCAAAAACGCGCCCGCCGAACCUACAUCCGAGGAGACUCCCGCAACUACGAAUGAUGAAACUACGAUAAACGAGUCUACAGUUGCUACAUCAACAUCAUGUGCUCUCUGCAAAGUCUCUUAUAGCAACUUGCAGGAGCAGCGCAGCCACGUGCGAUCCGACCAUCAUCGGUACAACCUUAAGACGCAAUUGCGCGGGAACGCCCCGCUUGACGAAAAUCAGUUUGUGAAAGCUAUUGGCGAACUUGAUGAAUCAAUUUCAGGAUCGGAGUCCUCAGAAUCAGACGAGGAAGAGGCCGAGGGUGGUGCCGAUACAACGCUCACCGCAUUACUGAAGAAACAAGCGAAGCUGUCCGAGGCAAACGACGAGGACGAAGUAGUCAGAAAGGGAGUUCCAAAAAGCCCACUUUUCUGGCUAUCCAGCUCAGGUCUACCGUCGAACAAGUCACUGGGUGUCUAUCGCGCUAUAUUCUCGGGCAUUGAGCAAGAUGAACCUAAUCACUUGGUGGACACCAUACGCAAAAAGCAGCUUGCGCCCGUCAAACCGCGAACAAAUAAUGCACAGGCUCAGGACCCAGCCGCAUCGGGCCCCCAUAUCUUCAUGUGUAUGAUUGGAGGUGGUCAUUUUGCAGCAAUGCUGGUGUCACUGGCACCGGAAAUCCAUCGCAAGCAAGGAGGUAUCGAAGAUCGACAGGCUAGGGUAAUUGCACACAAAACCUUCCAUCGGUAUACUACUCGCAGAAAGCAGGGUGGAUCUCAAGCCGCAAGUGAUGCGUCAGGGAGGGUAGCGCAUUCGGCCGGUUCAAGUCUACGACGCUAUAAUGAGGCUGUAUUGGAGAAGGAUAUCAGGGAGCUAUUGGCGGACUGGCGACAAAUGAUUGAUACCGCUGAGUUGCUGUUUGUUCGGGCCACUGGAAAGACCAACCGGAAGAUCAUAUUCGACAAGCACGAUGGCCAAGUGUUGAAACAUACUGAUCCUCGAAUCAGAGGAUUUCCCUUCAAUACCCGCCGCGCGACCCAAGCAGAGCUUAUGCGAUCUUUUAAGGAGUUGACACGGGUAAAGGUCAGCGAGAUCGACGAAGCUGCAUUGGCGGCGGCGGCAGAAGCGGCCAAGCAAAAAGAGGAGCCUAAGCCAUCAACACCACGGCCACAACCCCAGAAACCGAAGCUGUCGAAGGAAGAGGAAGCUGCAUUGCUGCACACAUCUCAGAUUCAGGCUCUCAUUAAACGCUCCAAGGUCCCAGCUCUUAUGUCAUACCUUUCAACCAACUCGAUCUCUUCGUCAUUUACUUUCCAUCCGACCAAUUCACCACAAAACUUUCGUUGUCCCACACCUAUUCAUUUCGCCGCAAAUCUCAAUGCCCCAGCCGUCAUCAAUGCGCUUCUACUGAAGGCGCAAGCAGAUCCCACACUAGUGAACAACGAAGGGAGGACGCCGUUUGAGCUUGCUGGCGAUAGGGCCACGCGUGAUGCUUUCCGUAUUGCUCGCCACCAACUGGGAGAAUCAAAAUGGGAUUGGGAAAAGGCCAAGGUUCCUGCUGCUGUAUCAAAAGCGGACGCUGAUAAUCGAGCCGAUCGGGAGCGGAAGGCUGCCGACGAAGAAGAGACUAGUCGUCGUAAGAUUGAGCUGGAGCGAUUGCAGAAAGAGGAAGCUGAGAAGGCAGCACAGAAGGCAUACCGACCUGGUGGUCGGACACUAGCAGCCGUGGAAAAGUCUGCCUCUGAGAAACUUGAUGAAGAGACACGAGGCAUGACACCGGAGAUGAGGAUGCGGUUAGAGCGGGAGCGGCGGGCUCGAGCUGCAGAGGAGCGUAUUCGACGAAUGCAAGGUAGAUGA